GGGCUAAGAUGCUUCUAGUAAACCUGUUUCGUUGCAAAUUGUCUUUGCCAUUGUGAUUCGCUUAUAUAUAUAAGCGCCGACGGUCCAGUUUUGUUUGCAAUUUGGAUCCAAGUGAAUCUCAUUCUCUAUGCCAAGAAUCCUUUGCCAGCGACUAGCCUUCCCAAUUCCCAUAGCCAGUACUACAUCACCAAAACACUUCCUUCACUUCUCCACCAAAUCUCUCAACUUCCCCAAAAACCCAAGACCUCAUUUGGCCAUGGCUAAUCCCUCUGCACCCAGACCAUCAAUCACCCAUGUCAUUUUCGAUAUGGACGGCCUCUUACUCGACACAGAGAAGUUUUAUACUGAAGUCCAGGAAAUUAUACUUGCUAGGUUUAAUAAAACCUUUGAUUGGGAUCUGAAAGCAAAAAUGAUGGGAAAGAAAGCAAUAGAAGCUGCUCGGGUCUUUGUUGAAGAGACUGGAAUUAGUGACUCUCUUACGGCUGAGGCCUUUCUAGUUGAAAGGGAGGCAAUGCUGCAGAAAUUGUUUCCAACAAGUGAGCUGAUGCCAGGAGCCAGCAGGUUGAUCAGACAUCUACAUGCAAAAGCAAUACCCUUUUGCUUGGCAACAGGCUCUAAUAAGCGACAUUUCGAAUUGAAAACACAAAGCCAUCGUGAACUUUUUUCAUUGAUGCAUCAUGUUGUCAACGGUGACGACCCAGAAAUUAAACAAGGCAAACCCUCACCAGAUAUUUUCCUUGCAGCGUCCAAACGCUUUGAGGGUGGGCCAAUAGAUCCAAGUAAAUGCCUUGUGUUCGAAGAUGCACCCUCUGGAGUUCUUGCAGCUAAGAAUGCUGGAAUGUCUGUUGUAAUGGUUCCCGAUCCAAGGUUGGACAGCUCUUAUCAUGAUGCUGCAGACCAAGUUUUGGGGUCCUUGUUGGAUUUAAACCCAAGUGAUUGGGGUUUGCCUCCAUUCGACAAUUCAGCGAGCUAAACUGUUCUUAUGCUGCAUCUGGGGAACAAUGGGUAAUUUAGAUUUUUUGGACGUUUUGCCACACCUGCCACACCCAGAAAUCCAAAAUAUCAUUGCAUUAUACUAAAAUUGGUCAGACACUUAACACUUUGACUUCUAUUUUUGUUGUCGUUUCAAGAUUAGCGGUUGAUUCAUUUGCUUAUUUUGAUAGCUUUUACAUAUCAGAGCUAUUGACAUGUUCUGCAUGACUAAACUUGCAUCAAUUGUAUUGUAUUAAAAAAAAAUUGUUGAGUUUAUCUUGUAAUAAAUUUGGUAGAAAAUUGAUU